AUGUUUACCUUGCGGCAAAUGCGCCUCUCCCGGACGCUCGCCGCCGUUGCACUUCUUGCAUCUACCACGGUGGCUCAGAGCUGUGUCUCCCUGUCCGGCUCCUCACAGUGCGCAGGCUUUGACUCCAGCUCUGUGUCGACAACUGGCCAAGUGCAGGACUUCUUUCCGUUCUUGUCCUUCGUCUCCAAUGUCGAAGAGUUUGACCGCGAGCUCGCUAGAUACGUGUCGCAGGGCUACGUAUCGUCCAAGUAUGUGAAUCUAUUUGGAUGCGAUAACAUCAACUUGAGUAAUACCACCGACUACUACGCCCGCUAUACAACCACCUUCCUCUGCAAUGCUAUCAUUCAGAACUCGCGCGAUGCCUGCAGCCUAACAGACGAAACUGCACCACCUAUGUGCGCCGACUCGUGCGCCGACUUUGCGCUGAGCGAGGAAUCUAUCGUAGGAAGCAAUGAGCUCUGCUCUGGCCGGAGCGGUAAUUACGCCCAACAGUUGAGGGCCGACUUUACCGACUGUUAUCUGCCCACGCUCUCCAUCUCAGGCAGCUGCAUCAGCGGCGAAGACAACGAACCCGACGAGUGUGGCUUCCAGGGCAACCUCAUGGGCUUGUGCAACUUUUGUCGCGGCAGCCCUGAGAAUGGAACCGAUUCUUGCUGCUUGACCUCCAAUGCCACAGGCCGCUGCGAGAACGUUGAGCUACCGGUCUUUUCAUCCAUUCCUGGUCUCGUCUCCACUCCUACCAGCUCCCCUACUGCCAGCAGCACUGCAACCUCAGGAUCCAACAAUGACAAUGAUGGUGGAGCCGGCGGAGGUGGAGGGCUCAGUGGUGGAGAGAUCGCUGGCAUCGUUAUUGGCUCUGUGCUUGGAUUCCUCCUCUUGCUUGCGGCGUUGAUCUUCUGCUGCAUUUUCCUGCGCAGGCGCAACCGCGACGGCAAACAGGGCAGCCUGCUCAAUCAACCAUCCCCUCAACGACGUGGCAACACCGCUUCGACUUACCCUGCGCCUCCAUCUUCCCAGCAAGGGUACGAAGUACUACCAGGAGGUCGCGUUGCUCGCAUGUCGGCGCUGCAAGACAAUGAGGGUCCACGCAACUACACAGCCAACACCGACCGUUACGGCGACAGCCCUGAUUCAAACGAGAAGGCCAUGGGCAUGAUUGGGGCCCGUAAACAUGACUCGCCUGGCUCAAAAGAGGCCAGCUCUCCCUCGAGCAACGACUUUUCUUCUCCGGAAGGCAUGGCUAGUGGUCAGUCAGAACAACUUCCGUUCUUCAAGGACUACUACUCGAACGAGGAUAUUCACCCUGGCGACAAAGUCGCAACCCUGUGGGCUUAUCAGCCAAGGGCUGGCGACGAGUUUGAAUUGGAGCGUGGUGAUAUGCUAAAAGUCGUUGGCAUAUGGGAUGAUGGCUGGGCAACGGGUGUCCGUAUCUCCGACCGAGCCGAAGACUUCGAGGGUAAGCACAAAGCUCAGCGAGACUCUGGUGUUUCGAACGGCUCGAGGCGAGAGGAUUCGCCAACGCCACCUGGGGAGAUCAAAGCCUUUCCACUUGUCUGCGUCUGUUUACCAGAGGCCUGGAGGAAGACGGUCGAAGGCGACACUUCCACCGAAAGUGGCUCAGGCGGUCCGCCUACGGCAUAG